AUGUCGUCUUCGUCCUCUCUUCAAAGGACGCCGCCCACUGGCUCCGCCGGGAGAAACCGUCAGCGUUCGCACAGGGGCUCGGAGCCUGGAGGAGAUAACGCGAGCGUGGCAGACCGGUCAUACACGGUUGUCGCAGAGUUCGUGCCAGCCCACAUCGAAGCGGACGACGAAGACACCCGAAAGCAGAUCGAGGACACCAACGGAUUCGACCAAGGCGAUCUCCGAGCGGUAGCGUGGAUGUGGCCCCCAGCGAAGAGAUACGCAGGCCAAAGGCAAGAGAUGUGCGGUGCGGAAGCUUUCGGAGGAACCCCUGCGUGCCUGCGCUGUCAAGAAUACAGGGGGCAUACAGCACGCAACUGCGACGCCCCCCAACGCUGCGCGCACUGCGGGGAUUCACACCAGGUCCAAGACUGUCCGUUCGGGCGAAGCAGGGAGCACCGAUUCUGCGUCCCUUGCAACUCCUACGACCAUGCCUCGUGGGACCGCCACUGCCCAGCACUGCACGAGCGGUCAGGGAAACUUUUCGCCCGCAAGACCUCAGCGCAGUUCAAGUACUUCCUCACGGACGACCCCUCGACCUGGGUCACGCACCGGGAAGCGCUAUCACAGGCAUCGCCCCCGGGAACGAGCUGGGACAUGGGCAACGAGGUCCUGGAGCAGAUACGCAAGGCGGUGGAGGGUGGAUACCGCAAGCCCUCGCAGAAGGAACGCGGCAAGAUCUUCAGGCAGACUCGACUCGACGAAGUCAGACCCACUGUUAACCUCCCACAGAGCGUAGUCGACCCUCUCACAUCAGGAAAACCUUAA